AUGAUAAAAAAAUUAUUUAAUAUUAAAUACCCAAUUAUUCAAGCACCAAUGCUUGGAGUAACAACACCAGAAAUGGUAGCAAAAUCAUCAAAUUGUGGUAUACUAGGAUCAUUAGCAAUUGGUGGGUUAUCAAGCCAACAAACAAGAGAACUAAUAAGAAAAACAAAAUCAUUAACAAAUAAAAGAUUCUCUGUGAAUUUAUUUGUAAAUGAUAUAAAUAAAAUUAAAAAAGAUCAAAAUGAUUAUAAAACAAUGAAAGAUUUCUUAUAUAAUAUUAAUAAUAAUAAUAAUAAUAAUAAUAAUAAUAAUAAUAAUAAUAAUAAUAAUAAUAAUAAUAAUAAUAAUAAUAAUAAUAAUAAUAAUAAUAAUAAUAAUAAUAAUAACUUUUUACCAAUAGAAAUUUUAAAUAAAAUUAAUAAUAAUAAUAAUAAUAAUAAUAAUAAUAAUAAUUUUUUACCAGAAUAUGUAGAUGAAUUAAAGUUGUACAAUUAUCAAGAUCAAAUUAGUGUAAUAUUAGAAGAAGGAAUUGAUAUAAUUAGUUUUACAUUUGGUAUAAUGGAUAAAGAAUCAAUAGUAAAGAUAAAAUCAUUUAAUUCUGAUUCAAUUUUAAUUGGUACUGCAACAUGUUUAGAAGAGGCCAAAAUGCUUGAAGAUUAUGGUAUUGAUAUUAUAUGUGCACAAGGUAUUGAAGCAGGUGGACAUAGAGGAUCAUUCAUUCAGGGUGAUAUGAAUACAUCAAUUGAUAGUUUACCACAAAUUGCUUUGUUACCAUUAGUAACAUCAUUAUUGGAUAAUUGUAAAGUACCAAUAAUUGCAGCUGGUUCAAUAACAAAUAAAUCAACUAUAGAUUCACUAAUUUCAAUGGGUGUUGCAGGUGUACAAAUUGGUAGUCUUUUCAUAGCAUCAAAUGAAAGUUGUGCAAUUGAUUCAUGGAAAGAUGCAAUCAUCAAUUCAACCGAUACAAGUACUUCAUUAACUAGAUCAUUCUCUGGUAGAUGGGCAAGAGGUAUUAAAAAUCAAUUCAUGGAAAACUUUAAUAAUCAAGAACAACAACAAUCAAUUAAAAUACCACCAUAUCCAAUUCAAAAUGAACUAACAAAACCAUUAAGAUCAAUCUCUCAAAAAGAAAAUAAUAAUCAAUUUACAAAUUUAUGGUCUGGACAACAAGGUUAUAAAUCUAAAAAAUUACCAAUUGAACAAAUAAUAAAAGAAUUAAUAUAA